AUGGCGACCGCCAAGAUUCAAUUUGCCCCGUUUUUUGAUGAGGUAGCAGCAUCGGAAAAAAUCGAAAAAGCCUUGCGAAACAAGGAAAAAUCGAAAGUGAUCCAAAUUCUGACAUCAGUGAACAAUGCGCAACGCCAAAUGAUUCGAACACCAUAUAAAACGCGUUACGGCAAGGAUUUGGAAGAGGAGAUCAAAAAAGUGUCGUCCGGCGAUCUCGAGGAUCUUCUCGUCGCGCUUCUUCAGACGCCAACGAAACACGACGUUGUCGAGUUGCAACGAGCGGUGAAGGGUCUCGGCACGAACGAGCGCAAUCUCAUCGAAAUUCUGACGACGCGCACCAACGAGCAAAUCGAGGCGGCCAAAAACACGUUCUUCACGUGCUUCAAUCGGCGGCUUGAAGAGGCGAUCGGCGGCGACACGAGCGGCGACUUCAAGAAGCUUCUCAUCGUCAUUCUGCAGGCGAAGCGCGACGAGACCCUCUACGCGGAUUACGGUCGCGUCGGACAAGAAGCGUCGAACAUUCUGAAGAGUUUCGACAAAAAGUCGGGCGUCGACAAAUUCGAUGCGUUCAAAAUUUUCGCCACCGCCAACGGUCAGCACGCGCGCAAACUCGUCGAGGAGGUCGAGAAGCUGUCGGGCAAAGAGUUCGCCAAGCUCGUCGACAAGGAGCUGAGCGGCGACUUCAAGAAUCUCGUGCUGGCGCUCGUCGACACCGCCGUCAACACACCGCGAUUUCUGGCGAACAUGAUUCACGCGGCAACAAAGGGGAUGGGCACACGCGACAAGGACCUCAUUCGGAUCGUCGUCUCGCGUUCCGAAAUCGAUCUGGUGCUCAUCGAGCACGAAUACCAACUAAUUUUCGGCAAACCGUUGUCGCAACUAAUCAAAGAGGAGUGCAAGGGCGAGUAUCGCGACGCGCUUCUGACAGUGUUGGCCGGAAAUGCCCAAAAAUGA